UGCUGCAACGAUAAAGAAAUGAAUUCAAAUAUAUUUCUGGGCACAGCAGAGAAUGGCCUGCGGCACGAUAAGAUUGUUAUUCUGGACGCCGGAGCACAGUAUGGCAAGGUAAUCGAUCGGAAAGUACGUGAACUGCUCGUAGAAUCGGACAUCCUGCCUUUGGACACGCCAGCGACUACGAUACGGAACAAUGGCUAUCGGGGAAUCAUCAUUUCCGGCGGACCCAACUCGGUCUAUGCGGAGGAUGCACCCAGCUACGACCCUGAUCUGUUCAAGCUGAAGAUUCCCAUGCUGGGCAUCUGCUACGGCAUGCAGUUGAUCAACAAAGAAUUCGGCGGAACAGUCCUCAAAAAGAAUGUGCGGGAGGAUGGUCAGCAGAACAUCGAGAUAGAGACUUCAUGCCCGCUUUUUAGUCGCCUUAGUCGCACACAAUCCGUGCUCCUAACACACGGAGACAGCGUGGAAAGGGUGGGCGACACCCUGAAGGUGGGUGGCUGGUCCACGAACCGAAUAGUAACGGCCAUCUAUAACGAGGUUCUUAGAAUCUACGGAGUCCAGUUCCACCCAGAGGUCGACCUAACCAUUAACGGCAAACAGAUGCUGUCAAACUUCCUGUACGAGAUCUGCGAACUGACCCCCAACUUCACCAUGGGCAGCAGGAAAGAGGAGUGCAUACGAUACAUCCGAGAGAAAGUGGGAAGCAAUAAGGUGUUGCUGCUGGUCAGCGGCGGUGUGGAUUCGAGUGUGUGUGCAGCUUUGCUCCGAAGAGCCCUAUAUCCUAAUCAGAUAAUAGCCGUGCAUGUGGAUAAUGGUUUCAUGCGCAAGGACGAAAGCGAAAAGGUGGAACGUUCGCUGCGCGAGAUCGGCAUUGAAUUGAUCGUCCGGAAGGAAGGCUACACGUUCCUCAAGGGCACCACGCAAGUCAAGCGGCCCGGCCAGUACUCCGUGGUGGAAACGCCCAUGCUCUGCCAGACCUAUAACCCAGAGGAGAAGCGGAAGAUAAUUGGUGAUAUAUUCGUCAAGGUGACAAACGAUGUGGUUGCUGAGCUGAAACUGAAGCCCGAGGAUGUACUACUAGCCCAGGGCACCCUCCGGCCAGACCUGAUCGAGUCCGCCUCCAACAUGGUCAGUACGAAUGCAGAAACAAUCAAAACCCAUCACAACGAUACGGAUCUGAUCAGGGAACUUCGGAAUGCGGGACGUGUUGUUGAGCCUUUGUGCGACUUCCACAAGGAUGAGGUGCGGGAUUUGGGAAAUGAUCUUGGACUGCCUCCAGAACUGGUAGAGCGACAACCAUUCCCCGGCCCUGGCCUCGCCAUCCGCGUUCUCUGCGCUGAGGAGGCUUACAUGGAAAAGGACUAUUCUGAAACUCAGGUCAUUGCUCGAGUCAUCGUGGACUACAAGAACAAGCUGCAAAAGAAUCAUGCUCUGAUCAACAGGGUAACGGAAGCCACUAGCGAAUCAGAGCAGAAGGAUCUGCUACGCAUCUCGGCCAACUCGCAAAUCCAGGCCACUCUACUGCCCAUCCGUUCCGUUGGCGUCCAGGGCGACAAGCGCACCUACAGCUAUGUGGUGGGCCUAUCGACGAGUCAGGAGCCCAACUGGCAGGAUCUGCUCUUCCUUGCAAAGAUCAUACCCCGAAUUCUGCACAACGUCAACAGGGUAUGCUACGUCUUUGGAGAGCCCGUGCAGUAUCUAGUGACGGAUAUCACGCACACCACAUUGAACACGGUGAUUUUGUCGCAGUUGAGGCAAGCGGAUGCCAUAGCCAAUGAGAUCAUUAUGCAAGCCGGUCUAUACCGGAAAAUUUCACAGAUGCCUGUUGUUCUCAUACCCGUGCACUUUGACCGAGAUCCCAUUAAUCGUACGCCCUCCUGCAGAAGGUCGGUGGUGCUGCGACCGUUCAUAACGAAUGACUUCAUGACUGGUGUUCCAGCAGAGCCUGGCUCUGCUCAACUCCCAUUGCAGGUUUUAAAUCAAAUUGUACGCGACAUAUCCAAAUUAGAUGGAAUCUCGAGGGUGCUGUACGACUUGACGGCCAAGCCACCGGGCACCACCGAGUGGGAAUGAUGCGUUCAAACCAAAUCUUUCAAGAGCCAUUUCAUAGAAGUAGAUGAGAUAAACAAUAACCAAUCAACCAUCGCAGGCGGCGGGCGCUCGAGACGAGGACAAUAGCGGAUCGAUCGUCAGAUCGAUUAGCGGAUGGGUCGAUCCUAGCCGUCGGGGGCGUUGUAGCUGCUCCAGCCUUUUAGAGAGACACGUAAAACGAGCAAUUGAGGAGGCGCUAAACACAACCGGAGUGCCGCUUCGAAAUGGAAAACAAUUCAGGUUCAUAAUAUCGAUAAUACAUGUGUAUGUGUAAUUAAUGCGGAAUUAAGCGAAUCGAUUUGUAACACAGACGGCAAACAAUUUGCCACUUAUACUUAUGUACAUUUUCAUGUUUUGUUCCUUUUGUGAAAAGGAAUGUGCCCACAAACCACGUAACAAACAAAAACAAUUAAUUUACGCAUUUUUAGUUAUAUACAUAAAAUAUAUAUUAUAUAUACAUACAGAUAUUAAAUAAUUGCAAAACAAUACAAAGAAAAGUUCGAAAAUUGUAUAUUUGCAGCAGGUGAGUGCGAAAGUGUUUUCGUGGCAAAAAGGCAUACAAAAAUUGUAAGAAUACGAAACAAAAAUAUUGUAAGCUAAAAUUAUGAAUUGUUAUAUAACGUCUAUAUUUAAAAAAAAAAAAAAGAAAAUGGCGAACCCAGAAGCAAAAACAAGAACGAUUAUGAUGAUACAAGAAAUGUAAUAAAACGAAAAAGCUA